AGAAACAACCAACUGUGUUCCAGGACCUCCGGGUCAAACGCUGGACUGACAGUGGAAGGGGCGAGCGUUGAGUGCAGUGACUCUGCUUUUCCGGAGGUGGAAGAAGCAGCAGCGCAGGUCGUGCCCUGAACACGAGCUGCCGGCGUCUGCAGCGUGAGGCGUUGCUGCUAAGACACAGGAUGGCCGAAAACGGCACAAACGGUGUCAACGGCGUGAAGGCCGAGAACGGUAAAGGAGAUGUGGAAGCCCCUCCAACUGCAGCUGCUGCAGUGGAUACUGGCAAGGCUGUGGACUUUGCAAAGAUCAGCAUCGCAGAGGCCUUCAAGACCCUGAAGGCUUCCGAGGAGGGUUUGGAUGGGGCUGAGGUGAAGCGCCGGCUGGACCAGUACGGCUACAACAAGCUGCCCGAGAGCACGCGCAUCCCCUUCCUGGUCUUCCUGGGCUACCUGUGGAACCCCCUCUCCUGGGCCAUGGAGGUCGCUGCCAUCCUGGCCAUCAUACUGCUCGACUACGCUGACUUUGCCCUCAUCGUCGCGCUGCUGCUUGUCAAUGCCACCAUCAGUUUUGUGGAAGAGUCCAAUGCGGACAAGGCCAUCAAGGCGCUGACCGCCGCAUUGGCACCCAAGGCAAGGGUGAAGCGCGACGGCAAGGUAUCCACUGUGGAGGCCAAGGAGCUCGUCCCGGGUGACAUCAUCAUCGUCAUGUUCGGCAACAUCGUGCCUGCUGACAUCAAGCUGCUCGGCAAGGAGAACGACCCCACUGAAGCCCCUAUGCAGAUUGACCAGGCUGCCCUGACCGGCGAGUCUCUGCCGGCCAAGAAGUACAGCGGCAACGUUGCCUUCUCGGGUUCCACCGUCAAGCAGGGAGAGAAGGAGGCGCUCGUGUACGCUACCGGGGAGAACACCUUCUUUGGCCGCGCCGCCGCGCUCAUCUCCGGCACCCACAACGUGGCCAACCUGCAGAAGAUCAUGACGCGCAUCGGAGGCACCUGCCUCGUCACCAUCGGCAUCUGGUGUAUCAUCGAGCUUGCUGUCCAGUUCGGCCACUACAAGCACGUCUGCAGGAUGGGCGAGGAGGGCUGCCCCACGCUGACCAACAUGCUGGUAAUCAUUGUUGGUGGAAUCCCCAUCGCCAUGCCCACUGUGCUCUCCGUCACCCUCGCGCUUGGCGCCUACAAGCUCGCCAAGGAGGGCGCAAUCGUGGCACGCAUGUCCGCCGUUGAGGAGAUGGCCGGCAUGGACAUCCUCUGCUCCGACAAGACCGGCACCCUCACCCUGAACCAGCUGAGCGUGGACAAGCCGACCUGCAUGGUGGUGGGGCCGGAAGGCCGCACACUGGACGAGGUGCUGAAGUGGGGCGCGCUGUCGGCCAACAUCGUGUCAGAGGAGCCCAUUGACGUGGUGCUGCACGAGGCGUACGACGGCCACGACACGCUGUGGAACGACUACAAGCUGCAGAAGUUUGUGCCCUUCAACCCCACCGACAAGUACACCAUUGCCACCGUCAAGAACAACAAGACUGGCGAGAGCACCCGCAUCAUGAAGGGCGCCCCCCAGGUGGUGCUGAAGAAAUCGUACAACUAUUCCGAGAUUGGCGACUCCGUCCACAACAAGAUCACCGAGUUCGCAGGCCGCGGCUUCCGCGCUCUCGGCGUUGCAACCGCACCCGAUGACGGCACCGAGGUGGAGAAGGCCCGGUGGGACUUCCAGGUGCUGCUGCCGUUGUUUGACCCGCCGCGUCACGACACCAAGGAGACCAUUGAGCGGUGCAUUGAGAAGGGCAUCAGCGUCAAGAUGGUCACUGGCGACCAGCUCCUCAUUGGCAAGGAGACUGCCAAACAGCUGGGCAUGGGCACCAACAUGUACACCACCGAAGUUCUCCUCAACGCGAAAGAGGGCAAGGGUCAGCUGCCGCCUGAGCUUGCGCACGUGAAGGACGUGGACGAGCUGGUGGAGCACGCCGACGGCUUCGCAGAGGUGUUCCCCGAGCACAAGUUCGAGAUUGUCAACAUCCUCAAGGGGCGCAAGCACAUUGUGGGCAUGACCGGCGAUGGGGUGAACGAUGCUCCCGCCCUCAAGAAGGCCGACGUGGGCAUUGCCGUCGACGGUGCCACCGACGCCGCCCGUGGAGCUGCUGAUAUCGUGCUGACCCGCCCUGGGCUGUCGGUGAUUGUGUCGGCCAUCAUCGGCGCGCGGAAGAUCUUCCAGCGCAUGACGACCUACUCCAAGUACACCGUCGCCAUGACUUUCCGUAUUUGCUUCACCUUCGGCCUCCUCACCGUCAUCUACGACUGGUACUUCCCCACCAUCCUGAUUGUCAUGCUCGCGGUGUUCAACGAUGGCGCCAUGAUUGCGCUCUCCAAGGACCGCGUCAUCUCCUCCCCCGUCCCCAACACCUGGAACCUGAAGAAUAUCUUCACCGUCGGCAUUGUGUACGGACUGUACCUCACACUGUCAUCGUGGGUGCUCUUCUACGUGGUCACCCACAUGACCUUCUUUGCCGACAAGUGCAACCUGGCCGACCUCAACAACACCGACGAGGUCCUCAGGCCCUACUGCGAGAGAAUGAUCACUGGCAUGGGACUGGCGCCGGGUGCUCCGGUCACUUCCGUCUACCCGGGUCAAGAUGGCAAGGACGCCAACCUGGAGGGCGUCACUGCGCUCGACCAGUGCAUCACCGAGCAGAUCUAUGUGCGCGACGGCAUCACCCGCUCCCUCCUCUACAACCAGGUGUCCAUCAGUGGGCAGGCGCUGGUCUUUGUGGUGCGCACGUCCGGCUGGUCCAUCAUCUCCCGCGCCGGCCUCUACACCUACAUUGCCUUCUUUGCCGCCCAGGUGGGCUCCACCUUGAUUGCCGCGAUUGGAUUUGCCGCUUACACGCACCCACGGGAUGCCUGGGCGUUCGACGGCCCCGCCAAGUUUACGCAGCUGUCCAAUGGCCACGGCCCAGCCUUCUUUGGCAACAGCGUCGUCCCCAUCCACGGCACCGAGGGCGAGUUCACCCCGUCAGUCAUCGGCUGCACGUACUACGUGAUCGUGGCCUGGAUCUGGUCCCUCAUCUGGUACAUCGGACUUGACCCCAUCAAGUGGGCCCUGAUGUACAUCCUCAACGAGGACGGCUGGCGCAACAAGUCCGCCUUCAAGGCCGAGCAGAAGGCUGCGGUGAGGACGCAGGUCGAGGAGCCGGUGGGCGUUGCGGGCUUUGAGCGUGUGAGCUACUCCAACCCGCUUGGCCGCCGGUCAGUCACGGCCGCCGCGCAGCGCCCCAACUUCCUGGAGCGCGCAUCUGUCGUCAUGGUCGACGACAGCGGCCUCACGCGCGCCCCCGACGGCAAGCUCGACCACAAGUCCCUCACUCCCAAGGACCCUUGAACCACCCACCGGCCGCCCGCGCCGCGCGCAUGUUGGGCCGUGACAGCCGGCCGGCCGGCUCGCGCUGUGCAUGCUCCGUGCCAGCCUGGACCACUGAGCAGCGAGAUGGAAACUGCUUCUGAGCCCUGCUGGUCCAUCGAGCGUGUGGCGGUUGCGUAGGAUGCUGGGCUCUACCGGCUAGAAAUGGGUUGUUUAUCAGGCACGUGCUGAGUGUGUUGCGUACCGCACUGUGUAUUGGACAAGUCUGCAAGCAGUAGGAGCGGGGUUGCUGGUGCUGACUGACAGAUGCAUCUCUGCAGUAUUGUACAGAGAUGUCUGUGCUCUCUGUGCUGGAGAUGGGCCACUGUCCUGGUCUCGAGUUUAAAAUUGCUGUCCUAAAUUAUUCUGGACUCCGUCUAGCUUGCCAGGGGAGAAAAUUGCGCAUGUUGGCGCGAUAAAUGGGGAAAUGAGAUUGUGCGUUGUGUGAUUGCAAGAUAGUUCUAGCAGUGAGGCAAGACUGGUUGCGUCGGACAUAAACUGGAGCCAUUUUGUGCCCUGGCGUGCAAAGCAGCUGCCAGGAGAGUGGCGCCAACUGUGCAGCGUGUAACGUUUGUCAGCUCUCACCGUCAUUUGGAUCUAGUGCUACAGCUUGUCUGCUGACGUCUGUGUUAGUACAGUGCGUUCUGAGGGCUGUGAGGCUUGUGCAUAUUGGCUGCUAUGCUGGGACUUAACACCCGGCAUUAAUGCGCUCAGACUGUGAGAGGGUGGCGCUGCAACAGACUGAGCACAGGCCCAGGAUGCUUCCGAUCUGAGGGGUUCAGAGGUAGCUGCCAGCAGUACUUCGGAGAGUUUUCGAUGGAAAACCAUUGCUUCAGAACAGGGAAUGUACUUCAUGGUGGCUGCCUGGUGUGCAGAGCUAGCUCUGCAGCUGCUAUACACAGCGCUGUACAGUGUGGUUGGUUGCUCCCUUGGUCCCCGCUGCUUAAAUGCCUGUGCAUCUC